AUGGCGACCCAAGGCACACCCAGCAUCCUAUUCACCAACACCCAACCGCAACAAAGCUUCCGACUCCUAGAAAUUCCACCCGAGCUAGAAGACCUGUUCACAUCGAAAGAUGCCCCCGCACUCGAGCUCAAAUCCCCCUCCACGGCCCUCGCGCAUGCUGUAGCCGACGCCGGCGGCCAGGAAUACGUCAACCUGUGCACACCGACGCAGACAUACCGCAUUCGCCAAGUCAUGUCCUCGAAUUCGCUGCAUAUCGUCCGGCCGAGCGAAGGGCAGAUCUCGAAGGCGGAUAUCAAAAUUGUCGAAGACGAAGUCGGUGAAUCCGGUACUUUGAAUUUACCAGACGAGGCGGUUACGGCGAUUGCGAAAUGCGGGUCAACGCUGGAGCUGCAUGUUCCGCCUGGUGGGUUCUCGGCUGUUCCAUUCCUUGAGAAGAGUUUGGGUCUAUAUGACCGUCGACCUGGGGAUGAUGAUGGGGAUAUCGCUAUGGAUGAGUCUGGGGAAUUGAAACUUGGUGGGAUUCAAAAGUUGAGGGAUCAGGUCUGCAUGGAUAUCCCGGUUUCUGCGGCACAGUGUGAGACGGGGUGGGUUGAGAUAUGUGCUUUUGUGGAUGAGAGGAUGAAGGUUUGUUGGAGGCCUAGUUCGAGGAUGAGGGUUAAUGUUUGGAAGAGGAUGAUGGAGGGGGCGCUGUUGCAGGGGAUUGAUCUGGAGAAACAGUUUCUUGUUGGGGAUUUGUGGAAGGCUGUUCUUGAUGAUGAUGAGUCGGAGCCGUUCCCGAGGGGUUUGCUUGAAGGUGUGGUGAGGAGGCUGUGUGUGCCGGAUGAGAGACCGGCGUUGGCUGAUGAGAUUAAAUGGGCGAGCUUUGAUAAAGCCGAGGUCACAAAAUGGUUGGGAGAGACGUAUCUUGCUUCCAUCGCUCCCACGGCAUCUUCUGCUGUUGGACGCAGCGAAUUCCUACGGGCUUGGAAGGACUGCCUUCCCGAAUCGUGGAGAAGCGAAGCUACUCUUUCCAAACUACCAGAGGGAUGCUACAAGAGUCCUGAUCCUACGUCAAUCUUCUAUGUUGAGCCCUCACAAAGGCAACACGUCAGCAAAGCCUCGACAGCUGCAUCCUCGACCGCCGCCAAAGCUAAGACUUCAAGGAACUGGCACGAAUUGCUCAAAAACUCAAGUCGCCGCUGA